CAGAGGAGGCCGUAUUGCCUGACUGAUUUGAACUGGUGCGAAGCGAGAGUUUUCGAGGCGCGCCCGAUCACCACCACGACGGAGAGCCCCAGGCAGACGGGGCCACAAGCUCGUAAUUCGGGGAAGGACGCUGUUCCCCCCGUGAAGCGACGCUGGGUCCCUCCAUCGACAUUGCGACGUCAAGAUGCGCUCACCCCCGAGUCCCGUAACGACCUCGUCUUCCGCAAAGUGCGCGGCAUCCUCAACAAGCUCACCCCAGAGAAGUUCCAGAAGCUGAGUGAUGACCUCCUCCGCAUCGAGCUCUCCUCGAGCGUCAUCCUAAAGGGCGUCAUCCUGCUCAUCUUUGACAAGGCCCUCGACGAGCCGAAGUACUCGUCUAUGUACGCGCAGCUGUGCAAGCGCCUAUCAGAGGAAGCUCCGAAUUUCGAGUCCGACGGUAGCACGUGCACCUUUCGUGUUCUUCUGCUCAACAAGUGCAAGUUAGAAUUCGACAACCGCGCGGCGGCUUUGGAAUCGAUCAGUUCCGGCUUAAACGACGAAGAUGAGGAGCGUCGUCAGGUGGCCAAGCGUAAAAUGCUUGGCAAUAUUAAAUUUAUCGGUGAGCUCGGCAAAUUGGAGAUAUUAUCGGAGGGUAUCCUCCACCGGUGCAUCCAGGAGUUACUGGUGCGCCGCGGCGACGAUCCUUCCGAGGACUUGGAAUGUUUGUGUCAAAUCAUGCGAACAUGCGGUCGCAUUUUGGACACCAACAAGGGACAGAAACUCAUGGAGCAGUACUUCGAUCGUAUGAAAUUACUAGCGGCUAAUACGGAUUUACAGCCAAGGAUUCGUUUCAUGUUGAAAGAUACGAUCGAUUUGAGACAUAAUGGGUGGGUGCCGAGAAAGGCAACGGUUGUGGAAGGCCCCAUGCCCAUUAAUCAGAUCAGACCGGCCGACGACGAUCGACCGGGAUAUAGAAGGGAUCGAAACAAUCACGAAAGGGACAGCGAAAGAUCAGAACUGUUCCGACAUCCGAUGAAGACCAGAACCGGCAUCGACGACAUGAUCAUGAACAUCAAUUUAACAUCAUCACCGAAUUUAAUACCAACUAAUACUUUCGGUAUCAACGGAUUUGGAAAUCAAAGAGAUGGAGGAUUUCGCGGACACAACAACCAACGCAGCGGAUAUAAUAACUACUCCAAUCAAAGGGGACAGUAUAAGCACAACCAGAAUAAUGCCAAUUCACAAUACAACAAUCAAAGCAACAAAGAAAUCGCUCCACGUUUCAAGAAAAACUUCAUUAUGCCAAAAGAAGAAAUCGAAGACGUGGAAUUGAGACCUACGUCGAUGCUUUUUAAUAAAGCUUCAGUUAAAACAAACAACAUGAUGAAUAGUAGAACCAUAGAACCAUCGUUUACUCAGAGUAUGAAACAAGCGCCAGCUACCUUACAUAAAGAACCAUUACCCAUCAAACAAGUAAGCUCUGAGAAGCCAAAACAAUCAAAGAAGGAUAAGGGUCCAACAAARGAUGAAGUUUUGAAGAAGUUCGCGUCGCUUUUGGACGAAUAUUGGAAGGGUGAUAUCGACGUGAAGCAAGCCGUUAAUAUGUAUAAAGAGCAUAAAGUCCCCGAUAAAUUCGCCAAGGAUAUAAUGUUGCACGGUUUGUCAAUUGCAGUAGAUAAAUCGGAUGUGGAACAAGAGAAGCUUAUCAAAUUCCUAAGUAAUUUGAAAGAAGAGAACGCCGUGAAUAGUAACACCCUUCAAGACACCUUCAAGUCAUUAUGCAACAUUUUAGACGAACGAGAAAACGAGAUCGAGAAAGCUACAAAUGCUGUUGCAUAUCUCUUCAGUGUUGCUAUAACUGAACAUCUGACUUUGCUAUCGGAAGUGGCAUCGUUGACCGACAAUGGUGCUCAUUAUCCUCUUUUCCUCGUCGUGUUGCAACAUUUACACCAGAAACGUGGCAAACCCGAACUCACYGAACUCUUCAAUAAAAGCAAAGUUAAUCUCUUGACACAGUUGCCCGAAAGUGACAAGACUAAAGAACGUCUUUCGGAGAUUUUAGAAGAGCGCGAUUUGACAUUUUUAUAUCCAUUGUUGCGCAUCCAAGCUGAAUUAGCGAGACAGCUAAAUACCGAUCCGAAUCCACAAUCGUACUAUAAAUGGAUCAAGGAGAAUUUAGAUCCGUCGAAUUUCAACGAUCCGGGUUUUAUAAAUGCACUCAUGACGGUGUUGUUGAAGUAUAUAACGCAGGAAGCGGCCGCGAGUGGCGACGAUAAAGCCGUUGCGGAGAAAGAGAAAAGUAUGCUGGAACGUUAUCAGCCGAUUUUGCAUGCGUUUCUAAGGGAAAAGCUUCAUCUUCAACUCGUCGCCGUGUAUUCUUUGCAGGUGCACUUGUACUCGUUAAACUUCCCGAAAGGGCAACUACUCAGGUGGUUUAUGGCCCUCUAUGACUUGGAGAUUGUCGACGAGGAGGCCUUUUUGAACUGGAAGGAGGAUGUCACUGACGCCUAUCCCGGCAAGGGACAAGCUUUGUUCCAGGUGAAUCAGUGGCUCACAUGGUUGCAGGAGGCCGAAUCUGAAGAGGAAGAGGGCGAGGAUUAGAGCGUCGAUGCGCUCGUCAUUUAGGAAAAGUUAAAGCUAAUUUAAGUUAUUAAAUACACACUGGGACUCUAGUCCUGUAUUUACUUUGUUUUUGGUGUCGACAAUGGUUUCGUAGUCGAGGAAAAUUAAGUCUUUUUUUGCGCCGAACAACUUCUAUGUGGAAUUGUCACAACCCACUGGCUGUUCGUUUGUGUGCGUGAUGUUUUUAUAACAUAAUUUUUAAUUGAUUAAUAAUUGAAUAAUAGGAAAAGUGAUUUAGAUCUGUAAGUUUAUAUACCUAUUGCAUGAUUGCCACCCAAAUUGAAUGUGACGUGGUUYUGUACCCGCACUUACCACUCUUGACUGUGUUGAUAAAUUAAUAAUUAUAUUUCGAGCUUUUCAAACUAUAAUAUAUACUUUUAUAACAAUGUGUUCUCCGUUUAUGUAAUGAAUGUCCUAUUAUUUUGUUUCAAGUAUUUUGUUAUGAAGAAAUAGUUAAAUUCCCAAUACACUUAGAUUAGUCAAUGUUUCACAUAAAUUAUAAAAUCAUGUCCUUGUGAAUAUGAUUGUGUUAAUAAACUAUUCGGUGGUAUUUUGCUAUCGACGUAAAUUUUAA